CUCUCAGUCAGUCUUUCGUUCAAGCAUAUAAGGCCCUUCUCUCCUCCGUUUUUAUACAUCGAGUUUAAUCUUUGCAUUUCUUUCUUUACACCGUUUCAAACAUCAUCAUAAUGGGCUCUGAAACACCGUCUAAUGCCCUCUGGACCACGCAGUCCGUGCUGGCCACCCUUCCUCACCCCCCUGAGGAGAACUCCGCUUCUCCGAUUCCGUUCUUCCACCUUCUUGAGCGCCUGAAGACCACCAAGAGGGAAGGCUGGCGCCGCUUCGGUAUCACCGCAGGCGAAUCGAUCUCGGACCAUAUGUACCGUAUGUCGGUGAUGACGAUGCUCGCCCCGCCUUCGCUCGCCCCACGGCUCAACCUGCCUCAUUGCAUGAAGAUGGCUCUCAUUCACGACAUGGCGGAAUCGUUGGUUGGCGACAUCACCCCAGUGGACAACGUUGACAAGAAAGAGAAGGCACGCCGCGAGGCCGACGUGAUGAAUUAUAUCACCAAGAACCUGCUGGGAGGUGUUCCCGGUGGAAUGUUGACCGGAGAUGAGGUCAUGAAGGUGUUCCAGGAGUAUGAGGAUAACGAGACAUUGGAAGCCAAGUACGUCCACGAUAUCGACAAGAUGGAGCUUCUCCUGCAGAUGGUCGAAUACGAACGUACCCACGAUCUCGAUCUGUCUGAGUUCUGCCAUGUUGCGAACCGUGUCCAGCUACCGGAGAUCAAGGAAUGGGCGGCGACGGUACUCCAGGAGCGGGAAGCUUUCUGGAAGAAGAAGGCUGCCAAUGGAGUUCAGGCAUAAGAGUGUGAAUCAUUGAUGGGAGUAAUAUACUUUCGGUUGAUAUUCCUUUCGGGUUAUGUUUAAUGGUGUCGAUGCCUCACGAGUUAUCUAUCUUUUUUCUCGGUUUUAUUAUUAUUAUUAUUAUUUUUAUCAUCAUGCAUACCACUAGACAGUUGAAGGCGUUUGGAUGGGCCCAUGAUUAGAUUAUAUACCAUCGACGAUCGAUGAGUCUUGUCACAUACACAUUGAAAGUACGCAAAGUGUAACUUAAGCUCAAUCACAAACCAACAUAG